CGGCUGCUCCGGCCCGGCCCGUCCCGGCGGCCGCCAGCGGAAGCCUGGCCCGCCGCAGGUUGAGCUGCCUCUCUUCAAAGGAAGUAUAACACACCGGGAACACGCUUUAAACACUCGGAAUCAGCCGAGCUCCCAUCUCAGAGGAACAGAAAACAAACAUGGCAGAAUUUACAGGUUAUAAGGAGACCUCCAGUCGGCACCUGCGGUUCAAGUUGCAGAGUCUGAGCCGCCGCCUUGAUGAACUGGAAGAAGCGACGAAAAAUCUCCAGAAAGCAGAGGAUGAGCUGCUGGAGCUCCAGGACAAAGUGAUCCAGGCAGAAGGCAGCAAUUCCAGCAUGCUGGCUGACAUCGAGGCCCUGCGGAAAAGAGUGCUAAAGAUUGAAGGCAAGGAUGAGGAAAUUAAGAAGGCUGAAGAGCUUUGCAGGUUAAUGAAAGAAAAACUCGAAGAAGAGGAGAGCCUCACCCGAGAGCUGAAGUCAGAAAUUGAGCAUCUGCAGAAGAGAAUGGCAGAGCUGGAGAAACUGGAGGAGGCCUUUGGCAGGAGCAAGAACGACUGCACGCAGCUGUGCCUCAGCCUCAACGAAGAAAGGAAUUUGACCAAAAAGAUAUCUACAGAGUUAGAGAUACUGCGAGUGAAAGUGAAGGAGCUUGAAGCAUCCGAAGAGAAGAUGGAUAAAACCGAGCAGAGCUUAACAGGUGAGUUAGAAAAGCUGAAGUCUUUAGCACUGAGCUUUAUCAGUGAGAGAAAACAUUUUAAUGAAAGAGAAAAGCAGAAUGAAAAAAUAAUCCAGGAGCUCACGCUGAAACUGGAGCAAAACAACAAAUUAAACAGGGCCGAUCAAACUAGAAAUGCAUCCAACUUGCUGGAAAGGUCAUCAAACAAUCUCCUGGACAGAAAUGAUUUGAGAAUUGAAGAUGAUUUGACUUCUGCGUUGCCCUCUAAAGAAACCAGGCGGAAGGGAAGCGUAGAUUACCUAAAGCACGUAGAAAAUGAAACCAGGAAUAAAUCAGAAAACCAAAAGAAUAAAAAUCAGGAAGACAACAAAGUGAAAGAUCUCACCCAAGAAAUUGAGAGGCUUAAAACUCAGAUCAAACAUUUUGAAUCCUUAGAAGAAGAACUGAAAAAAAUGAGAGCCAAAAACAGUGACCUGCAAGACAGUUAUUUGAGUGAGCAGAAUAAAAACAAACUUCUCACCAGUCAGUUGGAAGAAAUAAAAAUGCAAAUAAAGAAACAGAAAGAUCUGGAAAAUGGAGAGGUUGAAAAUGAAGAUGCAAGCUUCUCUAGCAGGGGGAAACAUGACAGAGCUAAAUACAGGGCUGUUGCAGCAGAUUUCACAGCUGCCAAGCACAAACCAAGGGAGGUUUCGCCCCAGCAGCGCCGGGAGAGAGUGAGAAACAGAGAUUUCUCCUUCAGCAAUGACAGCUCCAGCCAUGGCGGUAAGCAGACAGCCAGCCCGAGCCUCAUGAGCAGGAAGGCAGGAAAGGCAUCGGGUGCAGCUGCCCUUGCAGAUGUUGCUGCAACAGACGUGAAAAGACUGGAAGAGAAGUGUUUGGUUUCCACUUUUUCGUCUGGUCAGAAGGAAGCUUCCUUCACGCAGAACGAGGGGAAGAGAUCCAAAGAGCAGCCCUCUGUCCUCAGUCGUUACCCCCCCGCUGCUCAUGAGCAGAAAUCUUGGAAAACACCUCCCAAACCCGUUAGCGAGCUGAGAUCCAAGGCUGAAAAACCAUCUCAGGUAACCCGCGGCAGCUGCCAGAGCGGCACAGACACGAGGGAUGAAAAAUCGAGCAGAGGGGAAUCGGUGGCUUUGUUGGCUGAGAAGCUGAGAACAAAUCAGGGAGAGGGGAGCGAUGCUGUGGGGGACGCGCAGCAAUGCAGGGGGCACUGCGCCGCUUCCAACGGCGUGGCCACCGCGUACAGGUGCCACGUCUCAGCAGCAGAGUCGGACUGUGUUGGCUCUAAGGCAGAAGCGGCGAACGCCUCGACUGCGUCGCACCGCCAGCCCUUGGAGGGAAGGGCUAAAAGAGCCGCCGUCCCCCAGGAGAAGGAACUCGCGGAUGUGCCGCUGGAAAGCGUGAGAGCAUCGCCGCUAACAAAGCGUUCGCAUCGCUCAAGGAGCCAGGAGGACAUCCUGCAGAUUCUUAAGGAGGACGCAGAGCAGUCUGCAGCAGCAGGCCAUGUAAGUGCUGGCUUAAAAGCGGACUCCAAAACCGUCCAGAGUAGUCAUGAAAAACUUAAUUCAGAUGAAGAAAUGGGGAGAAGUAAAAAAGCGAACACUCAGUCGGAUUUUGAGACAAAAAAGAAAGCCAAUCCCAAGCAGUUCUCUAAUUCCAGGGGAGUUUUUAGAGCAUCUCUCUUUGAAAAUGACAAAAGCGCUGUACACGAGGAGGACUCCUCUAAGGGUGUGAAACCGUCAGACGCCGACACUGGAGGACUCAAAUCCAGAAGGUCGUUCAGCCCAAGAGAAGCUCUGAGAUCCAAAGCCAUCAUUAAACCUGCCAUUGUGGAGAAGGACAUGAAGGCCAUCAUGGGAGGGGCUGUCACUGAGACUGAGUCAGAGAAGCAGAAGUCUGUUUUUAAAGCGGUCACAAAUAAAAUGACGAGCAGUAUCACAAUCUUCCCUUCUGAGCCCACGGUUCCAAGGCCCAGCACGGACACAGCAGGAAAGGAAAGGCAUAUUACCACCAGCAACAUCAGGGUUGCUCCAAAUGAACCCUCCCCGAUAACCAACAGCCUCCCCCAACCUUUUGAGGUCGCAGUUAAUAGAAGUGCCCUGAAAAUAUCUGAGACCGACAGGACUGGAGAUGCGGUGCUGAGAAGUAGAACAGAAACGGUGGUCUCCAGGAGCAGCAUUGUGAUAAAGACUUCUGAGCCCCCCGAGAAGAGCGCUGAGCUCCCGUUGGACGCAGCCAGCUCCAGGAGCCACGGCUCUUCAGACUCCAUUUCAUCCGAAACCAAACACGUCACUCUGAGAAGUUCAUGGAGAACAAGGCAAGGCUUACAUUCCCUGCAGGACUCUCAAAUAAAAGUGGAGAAGAACACAGCUUCCAGCCCUACGAACACCUGCAGGUCUUCAGUGGACCUCUCCGAGAUGGAAGGGAACAGCACUCAAACAAACUCCUCGGAGCAGAGCUCAGUGAGGAGCAGCGCCAGCACCAACUCCUGGAACACCCCUGAGAUGGGCUCCCGAAGGACCAAAAGUAACUUAAGUGCAUCCGAACUGCUGACACGCAGGAACUACACCAGUGAUCCCACCACGGCUUCCCCCUGGCACCGCACCACGCUACCUGAGGAAAGCAAAAAUUUUGUCUCCAGUUCCAGAAGAAAACAGUAUGGCUCUUCUGAGUACCUCUCACAGGCUGACACGGCAGGGAGAAGGGCAGUCCCCACCCUGGAGCUGCAGGACCCCACAUCCAGCCCCAGUGCCCCACCAGGGCUCCAGGCAGAAGACCAGGGUGCUUCCCGUGUUGGCCGGCUGACGUCCCGGAGAUGAGCUGCGCUCCCUUCCACCAAACCAACACUGCAUCACAGAGCGAGAGACAGGACUGUACUGAGCUCACGGGUGUCACAUCUGUUUGUAACCUCUCCAGAAGCUUCAGCCAGCCAGAAAACAGUUUUCUGACACCAUUUGUGAGAUACAAGAGCUUUACCAGUGAAUUUUUUCCCUCAUUGCUGAAGAGGCAGCUGCAGAGACUUUGCUCAGGGGACUCCCACUUCUCACCUCUGUACCUGCAAUCCUCACCUUCUCCAUAGGACACAGCUCUGUCUCCGUAUGAAAAACACUGACUUGUGUACCAGCCAUGAUUUCAAACGGAACAAAGGUACUCCUCGGACCAGAGAGAACUUCUCACCGAUACCCACGUACAGAUGAGAUGCAGGAGGUGUCCUGUGACUGCAGCUGGGAUGGCCAUCCUACGCAGUGCUCAGCUCCUCCAGGAGCCUACGAUCUCCACUGCACACCACACCUUCCUCAGGUCACAGCUCACCCCACACCUGCAUUCCUGUCUGUAGGUGGGAGAAAAGCAAUCUUUGGUUAUUUGACCCGCUAACAGGGCAGGAGGGCAGAACAGCUUCCUCCCCUUGUGCUGUGCGUGAUCUGCUGAUAGCAGCUGAGCUCUGAUGCUCAGUGAUCACUGCAGCAGCCCCACAGCAGUGCACACAGCAGCAGAUGUGCUGCUGGUUUGGCCCAGGAGGGGCUUUUCACCCACAGCUUUAUGGCUGUCAUGCUGGCUCUGAGCCCCUGAGAUCCAAGGGAUGCUGAAAGGAGGGCUUUUCUUCUGGUUGGAGAAGCAGGAUAUCCUUAUUCCUUCCAAAAAGAGGGAAAACAGCAGGACUGGACCCCAGACUGAGCUCCAGGAUGGCCGUGGAGCAGCCCCAAACUGCUCCCCCCCUCCUCAGGAGCCCCCACCUGGGACCCAGGUCAGGGGCUGCAGAGUUCUGUUCCCUUCUCAGUGCCACCGACGUCAGAUGGCAGCAGUGCUGGGGUCACCCCUCAGCUCCACACACCCAUAAGGUGAGGGGGCUGCAUGUCAAACCACUGCAGCUCUUUGCCCCCCUCCCUCCCACCAUGGGCUGUUCCUGGGGCUGGGCUGCACUACCACCAACCCCUCCCACGAAGGUGCUUCAAUGGCAUUAUUUUAUUUUUUUUUUUAUUAGUCUUUUUUUUUUUAAUAAAGAUUGGCUGGAGGGGGAAAAAGGUUAUUU